CUAGAAAUAUAAAGAGAAAGAGACAAGCCAUUCCAUCCAGCGCCCCCUCUGCGCAACCCCCCUCCACCACCAGAGGCAAAAAUGACAGACCGUAUGAUAGUCGGCAACAACCCGCUCCCCAGCAACCCGACGCCGCUAUCCGCCCCGCAAGAACAACAAGUGCGCGACCUGUACUACAAAAACGUGCGAGCCAAAUGCGCCCCCGAAAUCGAAACUUUUGCCUCAUGCGCCCUCGGCCGCACAUUUACCAUGAUCUAUGCGUGUCGUGAUGCGCGGCUCGCCAUGAACAGCUGUAUGCUGCAGUAUCAGAAUCAGGAUGAGCUGGACAAGGCGCGGCAGGAGUGGUUUGCGCUUGCGGGGGAAAGGAAAAAGGCGAGAGAAGAACAUCAGAGGAAGCUUGAGGAGGCGCGGACGAAGCAUAAGGAAUGGUGGAAUUUGGAUGAGCAAGGGAGGACGGUGGGGAAGAGGGCGGAGCAGGUGAAUGAGGCUGGGCUGGCGAGGCGUGAGGAGAACCGUGUGGAUGAUCGGGGUGUUACGAGGGGAGGGAUAUAUAGAGGGACGUGAAUGGGUGUGGAUGUGGAGCGGAAAGUAAAAGAAGGAAAAACUCACAUUGCCCAUUCUUGUACAGGAACAGGACAAAACCCACUUUGUAUGAUAUUGUAACAUCAUCUUGGAAAUUAUCCAUAUAUUUCUUUCUUUUUUUUGCUAAAUAAUGAUCGCAUGUAGAACUAUGCAGGAC